AUGCCAACACAAUGUUUAUUAUUUGAUAAAUUAAACGAACAGUCAUUUAAAGGUGGACAAAAUCAUGAGCAAUUGUGUGAAAAUUUGUUGGAAAAGGUCAAUGAAAAGUUAGGUGGCAUCAAUACACGGACGAAUCCGGGUUCGGCAUUAAAACUUAAAAACUUAAAAGCUAAUAAGUAUAUGUUUUUUGGUGCUGAUGUUAUCCAUUCAACAAAUUGUAAACAAUGA